AUUCUCAAUUUUGGCUUCUAUAUAAUACGAUGCUUGCAAAGGUUAAAAAUACAGACGGAAGAUUUUGGCAUUGGCGAUUAUUGGGCAAGUCGGUGGAUACAAGAAAAAUGCAGAUGAAGUUAGUGAUUGUGUUGGCGCUUGUGGCGAUGCUCGCGUUCGAAAGUGGCGACUCCUGGUGGCGAAGAAGGCGUCGUCGUCGUAGACAUUCCUGCCAUCUCAAUUACAAGGCUCAUUACCAUAGUAUUCUCAACCGUUAUCGAGCGAAAGCAAAAAGAUACAGUGUCAUUCAAAGACAUUACACACAGUUGCUCACGUACAUUCACCGUUUGGGGGUCAGAGCGUUACAAUAUGGAGGAGCAGUGACUAAAAUAGGAAGAGAGUUGCUAGCACACCAUACCACAAACAUAAAGAUUGCACGCCGUUGGGGAGAUGAGGAUGAACUUGACGAUGAAAUACUAAAUGACGAAGAAAUUGACGAAGACUCAGCAGACAACUUUGAAGACGAUAGCGAUGAACAGGAAAUGUUUGAUAAUGAUUCUGCUGAAGUUAAAGAAAAUGAAGAAAGAGAAGAAAAAGAAGAAGAGGAAAGCAAGAGGAGAGAAUAAAGGUGAAUUUCUGAAUGAAAUGCUCAUCAAAGCACAACGUCUUUCCCCCAUGAUGACCAAACGAAUUUCGACUCGACAUGUGUUUAAGUUUAGUUCAUAUAUGUACUAUGCUUGAUCAUGUUCAUUGACUACGAUUGCUUAACAUUUUUUUUUAUAUAUAAUAUAUCUAUUCAGAAACAGUAUACUAUAUCGCUGCAGAUAAUUUUGU